AUGAAAAUCAUUUCGAUAAUUUUACAAGUGGCCGCUGGAAUCUGCUCUUUUAAAUGCCAAUCGAUGGACGAGGCUAUCGAGCGCUGCCGACAUACUUGGGAGUGCCACUGCUACAGUUACAAUGAAGUCGCCGAGCUCUGCCUUCUGAAAUAUUCGGUCGGCUGGACACUCGAAGCGGAUGACGCGUUUACCUCUGCUUGUCUUUAUGGCGAGCUAAUGGAUGGCUACUACAUGGAAGGUGGCGAUUUGGACGCAUGCGAUCUCUAA